AUGGACGUGAUGCAUGCGUGUCGCUGCUGCCUGCGGCGUGCUCCGGACAAGGAUCUGACGACGCCGUACACACAUCUCGGCAUGACGGAGAUAUAUGCCGACAUGAUCAAAGGGUGCUUUGACAUAAAUCUGGUAGUGGGCGGCUCGGGCUCGUGCGGCAUCUGCUCGGCGUGCGUGGGCCGCCUGCGAGACGCGAGCCACUUCAAGCUGCAAGUAGAGCACAGCCAGGCGGAGCUGCAGGCGUGGAUACAGGCAGCGAGCGUCAAAGUAGAGGAGCGGGCAGUCAAGUCGGAGGUGUCGGACGCGGCGAGUGACGAGGACUGCGUGUCGGUGUGUUCAGAGGGCAGCGACGCCCGCGCCAGGGAACAGCUCGCGAUGGAUUGUUUUGUGGUGCUCGAGCGCCUCCCUAGCGACGCGAUUUUUCACAGUGGAGUAGAAACAUACGACUGCGAACGCUGCUGUGGCAAGCAUCUCAGAAACAAGCAUAUUUUAAGAAAACGCAUACAAAAAAGGUGCAGUCGGAAAGCAACCUUGCGAUUACAUCAAAGGAAACACACUGGAGAGAAGCCGUACAAAUGUAGCCAUUGUGACUACAAGUGCAGUGAUAGGACAACUAUACGAAACCACGAAAGGAGACAUACUGGCGAGAAGCCUUUUACGUGCAGCUACUGUGAUGUGAUUACAAAUGCAGCCGAAAAACACGCUUAUCAGAACACCUGA